AGCUGCUCCACUCCGGUCGGAGUUAACCUGCGACGCAAGCCGCUGCUGCUAAGUCCCCCAGGCAGCGACCAGCCACUCGUCUGUCUGGGAGUGUAUCUAGCUAAGCUAACUAAGUUGUUGUUAUUAUAGGAACGGCAAAACUGUAAUGUUAGCAAUUCUGGGAAUUAAAUCAGUGUACUGUAGCUAAUUGUUAACCGCUAAACUGAAUUUAAAAAAAAUGUCUAUAUUGCCGUUCACUCCUCCAAUCGUGAAGAGGCUCCUUGGCUGGAAGAAGGGAGAGCAGAACGGGCAAGAGGAGAAAUGGUGCGAGAAGGCUGUCAAGAGUCUGGUGAAGAAGUUGAAAAAGACGGGACAGCUGGAGGAGUUGGAAAAAGCCAUCACAACACAGAAUAUCAACACGAAAUGCUUAACCAUACUCAGAUCUUUAGAUGGCCGUCUCCAGGUCUCCCACAGAAAAGGUCUUCCUCAUGUCAUCUACUGUCGCCUGUGGCGCUGGCCAGACCUGCAGUCCCACCAUGAGCUGAGGGCUGUCGACCACUGUGAAUAUGCCUUCCACACCAAGAAGGAUGAAGUUUGCGUCAACCCCUACCACUACCAGAGGGUGGAGACGCCAAUCUUGCCUCCUGUCCUGGUACCACGCCAUACAGAUAUCCCUGCAGAGUUUCCACCGCUGGAUGACUACAGUCCAUCCAUACCGGAGAACACCAACUUUCCCGCUGGCAUUGAGCCCCAGAGUAACUAUAUUCCUGAAACUCCACCACCGGGGUAUCUGAGUGAGGAUGGUGAGACAAACGAUCACCAGCUCAACCACAGCAUGGACACAGGUUCACCCAGCCUGUCGCCCAAUCCCGUGUCACCUGCAAACAAUAGUCUUGACCUACAACCUGUGACGUACUGCGAGUCUGCCUUCUGGUGCUCGAUCUCCUACUAUGAGCUGAACCAGCGUGUAGGAGAGACCUUCCAUGCCUCCCAGCCCUCCCUCACUGUGGAUGGAUUCACAGACCCAUCCAACUCUGAGCGCUUCUGUUUGGGCUUGCUGUCCAAUGUCAACCGCAACUCGGCAGUAGAGCUCACACGCAGACACAUAGGUACUCGUUUUAUUCCACAGGGACUUCACAAGCUCUGAUCUAACUUGACCUUUUUAUACAGUUGUGUGAAAAAGUGUUUG